GCGGCUUUCAUUCUGAUUGGAAACUUCAGUCUGAAUUAUUUUGGUGCCUCGAUUGCAACGUGCGAACGCUCCGUGAAGCAGCAGUAGCCAAACACAAAACCCAAACACACAAAAGCCACGAUCAUUGUUUUUUUGUUUUGUUACUUUUUUUUUACCUGGCCAAUCGACAACAUAAAAAAAUAUAGAAAAAGCUGAAAAUUAGUAGCUUUUGCACGAGAGAAAAAGGAACAAACGACAGAACGAACCAGAGAUCAAGCCGGGACAAGGAUUAGUCACGUCUACCCAACAAACGUAUUUAUUUCCCAGUGAUUUGCCAGUUUGCAACCACAACUACAACAACAACAGCAACAACAACAACAAUAACGCAAAGAGAGGAUCAGAGGAAAAAGUGAUCUGAAGAGGGGAAGAAAAAUAGCAACAGAGAAAUUCACACAUUUAUCUCUUUCCCAAGCGCCCUCUUACUGAUCCGUUGACUGAGUGGCAGCAGUCCGAGGACAGCGAACGCAAGAAGCAGAUCCGAUCGCAUCUCUACAAGCUGCGAGAGUCGCGUCUCUGCAAUCUGUACAGGCACGAAGCGGACCCAAUGGCGGAGCCACAGGGAAAUGGCAAUGGCAAUGGCACAUCCUCGCUGACUGGUUUCGGGGCCAAGGAUCCACUGGCCACGAGCCACGGGGAUGCGUUGCUCGAUCAGAAUUUCCAGAGCCUCAAGUCCAAGGAGGUGCGCGACUCGAUGAGUCCCACCCAUGAGCUGAAGUUCCAUUCGAUGACACUCACGCAGCCGAGCAGCACCGGUUGGGAUGUGCAGACCUCAUCGGAGGUUAGCCCCGAUGGCAGGGCAUUCCGCACGGAGACUCUGGCCAAGACAGAUGGCAUUGAGAAGCUCAAUGGGGGCGGCUUGGCCGAGUUCAAGGGAAGGAACGAGCAGCGAUCGAGCGCCUCCCAUCAGGGCGAUGACCAGAACUACGUGAAGAAGGCCUCGGAGAGCACCAAUACCCAGCUGCAGGAGAAGGUGGUGUUUGGUGACGAGAACAGUGGACGCACCGAGAUGAAGGUGAGCUCCACCUCCACCUCGUCCUCGUCCACCAAGAAGGUGGUGUCAUCCUCCUCCUCCUCCUCAAAGGUGGAGUACGGCGAUGAGCCCUCCGCACAGCCAGCGCGCUAUCUCAUGGAUGACCAGGAAAAGGUGUACCAGCAGCAGCUGCAGCGAGAGCAGCGUGAAUGGGAGGACAAGUGUCGUGUCCAGGAGCAGCGCAUCCUGCAGGAGCAGCUGCAGCAGCAGCGACAACAGCAGGAGGAACGCUACUCGGAGAGUCGCGAACAGAGCAACAGCACAAGGAACGUCCAGACCCAGCAGCACUACGAGGAGAACAAGCUCUACGUGGACAUGGACAAGGCAUCGCCGGAGUACCAGCGCCAUGUCCAGCACUUGAUGUCGCAGCCCGGUGAGAUCAUCUCCAACACGGUGGAGUAUCCCAAGCCCAAUGUGAAGAUGAUCACCACGGUGAAGCGACUGCCCGAUGGCACCAUUGUCAAGAACAAGCGCUACGAGACGGAGCAAGUGAAUCAACCGCAAGCCCAGUUGCAGACUCAGACCCAGACGCAUACUCAGUCGCAGACUCAGAGUCAGCGACGUGCCCAGGAUGUGCAUGAUAGCCAUGUCCGUAAUCAGACCCACAGCCAGAGCCAGCCUCGUGAUGUGGUGGACAAUGCAGAGCCACUGGGACGUCAUUCUGGACAGCAACAGCGACCGGUGGAGCGGGAGCAGGAGCAAGAACAGGUGACUCAGUCCCAGAGUUUCUCAUCGGUGAAGAAAUCAAGUCGUCGCUUCUCCACGGAAACCACUUCGGAGACGGUUGAGGAGUUUGAUGAUCACGGCCAACCCAUCACUGCCGCCGUCCCAGCCGCCGGUCGUCCCUCGGUGCCUCAGUCGUCGCGCCAGCAGGUGGCACCGCCACCACAAACCAGUGACUUCUCCACGCACGGCUUCCCCUCGGUGCGGCCCAACAAGCCCACGCAGGAGUUCUCCAGCCAGCGGCCCAGCAACGAGACGGAGCAGGAGGUGGUGGUGGUCAAGUCGGAGAAGAGUCGCAAUGUCAAGCAGAGCAGCAGCUCCCAGCGCACCAUCGAAACGGAGUUUGUGGAUCGGCCUCAGUCCCAGUCGCAGUCCCAGCCGCAGAUUGCAGCCCGAGCUCAGGCGCCUAUUCCCAGCUGGGAGCAGCCAGCAAGUCCCAGGCGCCAGCCUGUCGAUGACUACAGCACCCAUGGAUUCCCAUCGGUGCGAUCUCGACCGGAUCAGCCGGAUGGCGAGGUGAUUGUCACGUCCAAGUCGGUGAGCCGCAACCAGAAGGCGAGCCAUAAGUCACAGACGGAGCGCAUUAUCGAGACGCAGGUGGAUCAGGACUAUGCCAAGGCCCAUCCCAACAGUCACACGACCCACUCGCACGGGCAGCCCCCGCAGUCUGCCAGUCCCUCGCCAGACUCGGGUGCGCGACGCCAGGCGGCCCAGACACCCGCUGCGGGCGCUCGUCCAGGAACUCGAGGCGGCAACAGUCCGAACAGCUCGGACAACACGACCACAACCACGAGCGUGUCGCGUCGGCAGCUGGAGAAGGUGGACGCUGCCCAUCGGGCAUUUGCGGCCUCGCUGCGCAGCAGUUCGCCGGCGGAUAGCACCACUUCGGUGGGUUCGCCCCACCAUCAGACGCCGCGUUCGAGCAUCUCCUCAAGCCGCACCUACCGCCGGGAGGGACGCGAGGGCUCGCACGACAGUCAGGCGCCCUCGGAGUCAAGUCGCAUCAGUACCACAACGGUGACCAGACAGACAUCAGGCGGUGGCUCAGCCCCAACCACACCCAAGAGUGUGGGUAAGACGCCGGUGGUUAAGCAGCAGCAGGUGACGACCACCAAGACGAUUAGCAACGAACCCAAGUCGCCCACCCAAAAGGCGGCAACGACUACUGUAACGACCACGACAACCAGCACCAUCAAGACUGGGGGUGGUGCAGGUCCCUCGUCUCCGACAGCAGCAGCAGCAGCACCAACACCAGCACCACAAUCUCCAACAACAGCAGCCGCUCCGGCCAGUUCCGCUCCAGUUCCAGAUAACAAGCUAUCACAGUAUACGUAUACUACCACUAAGCCUGGCGACAUAUUCUCUCUGCCAUCAACUCCAACUCCAACUCCAACUACUCCUCCUACUAUUAACAACGAACCAACAACAACAACAACAACAACACCACUAACCAUCAACAACAACAAAGACAAGAACACAGCCACUGGCAGCACUACAGCAACAAGCACCACCACCAGCCACGACCAAGAACCCAUCCGAAAGGUAAAGGUGAGCGCCAAUGAGGCGCAUGAGGCUGUGCCAGUGCCAGUGGCAGAGCCACCCUGUGUGAAGCGUCAAUAUUAUCAGCUGGGACCUGAAACCGUUAACGAAACCCUCAACGCGGGGGAAACCAUAGUACCAGUGCCCCGUCCCUUCGAGAGCGUUGCCACCAAGCAGACGGACACCAAGACGCGUUACCAGCAGAGGAACGAGGAGCAACCCGAACCCCAACCCGAAUCCACAUCCAAACCCAAGUCAAACCUUGCCAGUUCCAAGGGCAAUUCAAAGUCUCCAAGCGUCGAACGUCGUCCCGUCUUCAGGGAAACGACAUUCGAGGGCAGGCGCGGCUCCAAGCCAGAGGAGGAUGUUCUGCUCAUUGAGGAGCAGAUCCUCAUAGAUGAGACGACGUUUCAAUCACGGCCCCGGGCCCAUCCCAAGCCCAAGCAAGGCAGCCCCGAACCAGGACUGCCCCAAUCCAGGGCUCAGAGCCCAGAGAAGCCGCGGGUGUGGCCACGACAGAGCCCUGAAAAACAGACACAACCUCUGCCGUCCAAGGAGAGCCCCCAGGGACAGGUUAGCCCCGAGAAGCAGCUGCCCAGCAAGUCGCAGGUUCCCCUGUCGCCCGUUGGGCGUGCUGACAGCCCUGAGAAAUCGGAGCCAGUAAGGGCUCAGCGUUCAGAGAAGGAGGCACCAAGGGCUCUGAAUCCAGACAAAGAGCCUGAAUUGCCCAGACGAUCAUACCAGCUGCCAAAAGAAAGCAGCAGCCCCCAGAAAGUGGUGCCUAAGGCUCAGACACCACUAGGGCCAGCCCUGCCCAAAACUUCUCAGAGGGCCCAGAGUCCCGAGAAGAAAUCUGGCUACUCCAGAGGAUCACCGCGGCAGACUCCCGACAAGGAGAUCCCCCGGCAACCUCAGUUGGGUGCCCCACGACUGAGCCCCGAAAAGGAGAGUCCCCAGUCGGCACCACUUCAGCCAUCAGUCCAGCAGAAAAGAGAGGAUGAACUCUUCCGCAGCACCAUCACAACCCAUCAGACACGAACGACUAAAAAUAAUCUGAACGAUGAAUUUCUAACGAACGAACGCCAGGGGCAGCGCCAAAAAGAAAGGGAUUCCAUACCGCAGCAGCAACCCGAACCCGAACCAAAAACCAAAACCCAACCGCAACACGAAGAAGCCAUAGAAAGUCCCGAUGGUGGUUUAUUCUCCAAAGGAGCCGACUCCGAGCCCGAGCCCGAGCCCGAGCCCGAGCCAGAGGCACCCACUUAUCGCAAAAAGGGUCUGAGUCGUCGCGAGACUUUCGAGGAUCGAUGCCGCAAGAUCCUGGGCAUGGAGGAGGAUGGCGAUACCCAGGGUAGCUACAUAACGCGACCCAAUGAUGAUAAUGAUGAUGAUCACAAUCAAACAGAGGAGGAGGAUGAGAAGGAGAUUAAGCAAACAACCACAACACAGAGGCAGAAGGAGACGGAGACCAUUGAGGUAAAGAUCGAAGAUUGCCUCGAUGACGACUAUGAUGAUUAUAAUGAUCAGCCAUCGCGUCGUGUCACCGAAACCUUUGUGGUGCGCACCCAGCCGAAAAUCAAGGUGGAUCAGGUUCCACAGCCCGAGCUCAGUGAGCUCUUUAUGGAUGGGGAGGAGACUUCAAAGGUGGAUAAUACCCAUCACAUACCCAACCCCAAAGAGGAUGCCGAGACGAUCAAUGUGUAUGAGGAGACGACGAUAUUCAAUACCAAGCGACCCUCAAAAUCUUCUUCGCCUGUCCCACAGACACCACGGAAAUCUACCAGAAAGUCUCCUUCGCCUUCGCCGUCGCCUGCUCCUUCGCCAUCGUCUUCUCCUGCUCCUUCAACAGCUUUCGCUCCCCAUUCCAAGCCGGAGCCAGAGACUGUGUCGACGAGCUUCAUAACCAUCGAUUGCCAGACCACAAAGACCAACAGAAAGUUACAGCCAGAGAGCCAGGCAGGUCCCAGCACCAAGAACAUUUCAUCACCCACGAAAGAGGAGCCCCAAGAGGAGCUGCUGUCCCAGAAGCGCCCAAGUGUAACGACGAGCACAAAAUCCGAAACCGAACGUCGUAAUUCCCGCACCAGCCCCACUAAGCAAACAACUCCGUUGCCAAAGUCUGUCGCCCCAAAAGGUCCACGAAAGGAGUCGCUGACGGGUCGCAAGCCGGAAGCAAAUGGACCCAAGCGUGACAGUGUGGUGGAGGAGACCCGCACCAUCACGACCACAUCCACCACAACGAAAACGGGGCGAAAGCCCAGUGAUGGUAGUGCCUCAUCGUCCCUCAAGGAUCGCUUGCGAUCUUUGCCGCGUAAGCAGAAGCCUUCAGUCCAGAACCAUACACCAAUCAAAGCGGAUAAUGUGGAUGGGGAUACAAGCACCUCCCCAGAUGUGAGUCCUUCGCGUGCGCCCCACAACACAGAGCGUCGUCGGUCGAGUAACAUUUCGGUGCACACGGAGAUCAUUAUCGAUCAUACGUCCCCAAAGUCGCCGCGCACCGAGCGUCGACCCCAGCUGAUAGCCGCCUUGAGCCCUGCCGCUGCACGAAAGUUGCCGGUGACUGAGCGCAAGGAGUCGGCACCCGUACCGAGGGUGACACGACGCGAUAAGGCCGACAAGGUACUGCGAUCCACCAGCGAGAACAUUAUCAAAGUGGUCAACGGAAAAAAGAAUCCACACAAGCAGCAGCCCCAGCAGCACCAACCCAAGAAGCAGCCCAGGCCCAGCCAGCCCUCCAAGCCCGAAAUGAGCACCCUGAGGCCCGUAGAACGGGGAAGCCGACCCAGCAAAUGCUUCACCACCAAGACUAUCAAUCUGAGCGAACAGCUGCUGACCAACAGCGAGGACAUGAUCAUCGACAUACAACAGGCAAAGAGCUCCCGAGAGCCCUCACCGGAUCGCAUCGUACCCACGCCAGUGAACGCCAUGGCCGUAGAAACGGGUAAGCCGCGCUAUCCGGAUGUGGUUCAGGAGCCGGACGAUGAGCCGCGCAAGAAGCCGCAGGUGACCAACAUAACCAUCUUCGAGGAGGCGGCCAACGCCUAUGUGGGCUGUCAGAUAUCGGAGCUGCGCAGCUCCAAUGGCCUGGACGACGACAUACUCGACAAUCCCAUGGUGGAGGCGCCCCAGAGCCUGGACUAUCCGUCAAGCAGCACCAGUACCAGCGCAGAUCCAUCCCAUCCAGUGCAACCGGUGCAGCCGCAGGACACUGAUGACUGUCUGCUCAGCGUGCACGAGAAAGUCUCUCGCUUCACCCACUCCGCCGAGCAGGUGAAACAGCCGCGCAGCUCCGUGCCCUUUAGCCGGGAGUUCGAUACCAAUGCCAGGAUACCCGACAACGACGAGUGCCUGCUGAGCAUCAACCAGAAAGUGGACAAGUUCCUACGCACCGCCGAGAACAUAACGAGGCAGCCGCUGACGCCGACACCCAGCCGGGAGUUGGAGCGCCCUAGUUUCGAGGAGAUGGAUGAGGAGCUGCGGCAGGAUGACUGCACCCUGAGCGUCUCCCAGAAGGUGCACAAGUUCAUUGACACCGCCGAGAAGCUGGCCCCGACGGCGCCACAAAAGUCGCCACGUCUCGUGGCCAGCAUCGAGAGGCACAUUUCGCGACAGGAGACGGACUUGGAGCAGGAAUCGGAGCCGGAACUGCAAUCGGAUCGCGAGGAGGAUGAAUACCCCAAGCAGCAGACCCAGCAGGAGUCGGAAGAGGAGGAGCCGCUGCCCAUGACAAAGAGCCACACGACAGCCAUUGAGUUGAAGAGGCAAGAGGAUAUCCUCAGCCGUCCAUCGGUGUUCGGGCAGCCAUCCCCCAAAAGUCCACCCACACCGACGAUGACACCCAAGCAGAAUGGCACAAAACCGAAAAGUACUCCAAGCAGCAGCCUGAUCACCGAGGAGCGUCGAUCCUACAGGAAUCAAACCACAACUGGAAGCACCACAAAGCCCAUGAAGUCACCCCAGCAGCAACCGAGCAGCAGCUCGGUACCCAGGGGUAGCAAUGCCAAUGGCCCAUCGAAACCCACAAUGAAACCCACGCCAGCUGGCAGCGUCAUCAAGCGAAACAUGGAACAUGUCAGCCAGCAGCAGUGGGUGAUUAGCGAUGUUGAUGUGGAUGUGGAGAUGGUGGGACCAGCACCACCCACACACCAGAAACCCGCAAACAUCCGCAAGCCUCCAAGGCGUUCGGCCUCGCCCUCACCCAUACGCUUGUCACCGUCACCGUCGCCGUCCCAGUCUCCUUUAACUUCGCCCUCUCGGUCACCCAGUAGACUCAAUAUCACUGGCACCACCCGAACCAACUUGUACUUGAACUCAGAGCACUUCCAGCACAGCCACAGUCAGAGGCAGCAGCACAGCGGCACCACCACUAAGCAAAAAAGUCCAAAAUCCAUUCCAAGCCCAAGUCCAAGCCCGAUUAACCAACACCCAAGAAAAGUCACAGACACUGCUGAUCCCGAACCUCCUGUACACGUUGAAUCCCUUCCAGCAAUCCCAAAUGGGCGGACUGUAGCCACUCGCAGGAAUGUGUUCGAGAAGACACCACCACCAACACCACCACAGGUAGCAGCAGCGCCAACAGAACCGCAGGCUGUGGGCGGCGGUCGUCGUCCCUCGUACAUGGAUCACACCAAGAGCUCGCUGGAGCACAUACGCCGAGACUCGCUUGAGAUCAAUAAGAACAACUAUUCGCGCAAGUCAUCGGUGGAGAAUGACUCCGGGGUGGAGCCACGGAAUCCGAAUACAUCGGUCAAGUUUGAUGUGCCCAAGAAGGAGGAGAAGGUCAAACCGAAGAUCAGCGAUCAGGAGAUUGAGGAGAUCUUUGAUCUGCCGUUGCUCGAAGAGCUGCUGGAGACGGUGAGCAGCUACGAGAUGCGUCGUCGGAUACGCGCCCAAAUGCGGCUCAUCCGAAAGAACAUGAUCAAUGCGGAAACUAGCAGCAACACUACCACCACAACGGUAGUGAAGACCUCGCCCAGUGUUGCACCACAGCCGAGGAAGCAGCUGCCACAGCAGCAGAAUGCAGUGUCUCCACGCGAUCGUAGCCACAGUCCGGUGUCCAAGACCAGCAGCAUCAGCCUCAAGGAAGUGCGAACCACCAGCAACACUACCAGGAGACAGCGCGCAGAGCAGGUGGAUAGCACCACAGGCCCAGGUGGAGCCACGCCACAGGGCAAGCCGCCGGUGAAGCCACGAGAGAGGAGCGCCAGUCCGGCCCAUCGACGUCGCAGCAGUCCGCCCGGCAAGCAGUCGCCAGGGAGCACCACUCGGACUCCAAACAGUGGCACUGGGCCACGUGCUGGGGCACCCAGCAAGCCAUCACAACAGGAGCCCAUCUGGGCAGAUCGCGCCAAGGUGCUCAAGGGUCCCGGUCCUGUCUCGAAUUGUGGAUCCAGUCCGCGGAAGGGAUCUGCCACGAGCACCACCAGUACCAGCUCUAGCAGCACCACCGGGAAGGUGACACGAACCCUGCAGAGCACCAGCACCAGCUCCACUGCCAGCUCCAGCAGCAGGCAGGCAAGCAAGCAGCGCGAGGAGGACUCCAUUACAUCCAGCUACGGAGUGGGACCCACUGACGAGAAUGGACUGCCCCUCUUUGGGAUAAGAGCCCUCAAAAAGAAAAGUCAACCGGCACCGUGUGAGACCAAGCAAGCCAUUCCUGUUCCGUCCUUAGAAGUCACAGGCUAUGUGAUCGAGGAGCAGUUCUACUCGGACAACAAGUCCCCGCCCCGACACGAGCGCAGGGAGCUUAUCUACUCGAGCAAUGCCGAUGAAUUGGCUUCCAUACAGAAGCAGAUGCUGGUCAGAGAGUUCAAGAAAGUCGAGUCUGAGGAACAGCCGCAGUCAGAGAUGGAUGCCAGAUAUGUCCGUCGGGGUUCGGUGAAGAAGCUAAGCGAGAAAUUCAUACGUAAGGAGUCCUCCUCGUCGACUCACUCCAGCACCUCGCAGUCGCUGGUGAGUAGCCGCACAGGGCAUGCAGCAGAUGCCGAGGAGGAGGAGACGACUGAGGACAGUGAAUCGAAUGAGGUUUGCAGCGUCAUCGAGGCACCGCAGAUGCGCCAGGGUUCAAGCAGCACGACCACAACCCGAUCCAGCAAUACGCGCUCCUUCCUCAACAGUAGCGCCGAUCAACGACAGGUGACCAGCGUGUAUGAUGUUCUCGAGCGUAUGCGAAAUGCCGAUCAUGUGGAGGAGCCUGGCGACACAAACGAGGAUCGUGAGGCACGCGCUCUGCUCAACAAAUUCCUUGGGGCAAGUGUGAUAAUGCAGGGCGUUGAGAGCAUGCUACCACCAACGACCACGGGUCAGCGCCUGAAUAGCCAAGGGGUAAAAAGUACACGCAUUACCAAUACCUACAGCAAAUCGGGAACUGGCACUGGCACCGGCACUAGCAGCAGCAUCAGCAAGGUCACCAGCAGCAGCAGCUCCUCAGCACCAGUUACACGCACAACUUGUCACAUCGAGGAGAUACAGGACGAGCAGAUCCUAAAGCAAUUGCUGGAACAGGCCUCCACCUACGAGGAGCGUCGCAAGAUCCGUGCACGUCUACGCGAACUUAUGGCGGAACGCGAAGAGCAAAAGAACACAGCCGCAGCCUCUAGGCAGGAGGAGGAGGCGGAGGAGAAGAGCAGUGCCAGCGAGUAUGAGGAGAUCAUCGAGGAGGUGACGGACUACAGCGACGACGAAGACGACAACGACAAGGAGACUACCAAAAAGGAGCCACCCAAGGAGGAGGAGAAGAAGGUAGCCUCCUUAGCCUCUGUGGCAUCUGUGGCCUCCAAGGAGACCAAAGUUAGCGAAAGUGUAACCAAAAAGUUGGCCAAAGUCGAGCUCUCCGAGCAGGCCACAGCAUCCACGACCACAUCCUCGACAGCGACAACAGACGGUGUCCAGAAGGUGCAGCAGGGUGAGUCCCUGCCAGCAGCCAAAUCAGGAGCAAAAGCAGGAGCAGGAGCAGGAUCAGCCAGCAGCAGCAGUAGCAUUAGCGGUAGGAAACAGAAUAGUAGUCAGGUUAGCACAGGGGUUAGGGCCAGGGAUAAAGCUAAGCCAGAGACAAUGCCAAAAGCUGGAGCUGGAGCUGAAGUAGCGGGAUCAGAGACGGGUUCGGGUGUGAGUAGAUUGAGUGUACCCUCCAAGGAGGACUCGGGUACGGAAAGUGGCGAGGAUCUGCGCCUGCUGGCCGCAGGACUGAGGGACACCCUACGGCAGCGGAGCGUCAGCGAUGCCAGCGAGGCACAUCGCAGUCUCCUCGAGGAGGUAACGGACGCCCUCAGUCGCCUGGAGAGCUCCCUGAAGCAGGGAAAGGAGCUGGCCGUCGAUGGGGGUCAGCGUCAGGCACUGCUCGGACUCGUUGCCCGCCUUCAGAGUGGACUCAAUGCCCCGGAGAAGCUGGCGGCGGAUAACAACAGCAGCGGCAUCUCUGAAAAGGCCUCACCCACCCAGGAGGACAUGGAACUGGAACUGGGAGGCAUGGAGGAUCCCCGCUCCGACUGCCGGCAGUCGCGUUUCGCCAAGCGACGACAGCGUAACAGCCGCCACACUGUGGGGGUCAGCCGAGAGGAGCUGGCGGAUGCCAGGCGCUACAUGGAGGACAUGCUGCUGAUGGAGAGCAACAAGAGCUUUGCUCUGCAGAAGAAUGUUAGCUCGGGCGCCAUUAUACCGCCUGUACAGCUUUACAGACCCAAUCAGUUUGUGCCACAGCAGUCGCAGCAGCAGCCAGUGCAACAGCAACAGCAGAUUCCAGCCCCCCAAUGUCAGGGAUUGGCCCAGUUGAGGCCAAACAACAACAGCAGCAACAACAGACGCCCCCUGUCCGGGGACUAUGCGGUGAGCUUUGCCAGCUAUGAGUCUGCCCAAAGGGGCGGACAGCAAGAGGGAUCUUACUCAAACUCUGCCACAUCCUCCACCCGCUUCAAUGGUGCCAAAAAGCAUAUGAUGAAGCGGGCCAAUACCAUCGACAUACCCAAGGCGAAGGCCAAGUACAUGGCCGACUGUGACACGGACUCGGACAUGGAGGAUGAGCACGACCAUGGGCCUCAUUUGGGCCUUAAGCGUGCCGUUCAGGUGAGCGUUAAGCGGCGCGUACAGAAUGCCGUGCCACCGUUCGAGCCCAAGACGGAGAACGAUCACAAGUUCCUGGCCUUUAUCAACAAACAGAGCCAUCAGACGGGCUUGGGCUGGGGUGGUGGCGGCGGCGGAGGACGCAGCGUAUCUAACUGGACGCACAAGUUCGGGAACAUUAAGCACACCUUUGAGACGGGUGCGGCGGCCACCGUGACUAAGGGUAAGCCGCCGCCAGUGCCCUGCCAUGUGCCGGGAUGGGCCAAGCAGGAGCAUCAGCAUCAUCAGCAGCUGCAGCGAGAGCAGUUGCAGCGAGAGCAGAUACAGCGAGAGCAAUAUCAGCGCGAGCAGCGCCAUCGAGAACAUCGCCAGCGAGAACAAAUGCAGCAUGAGCAGAGUCAUCGAAUCCAACAAGAACAGCAACAGCAACUGCACCGAGAACACCUGCAACGCGAGCAAAUCCAACGUGACAUGCAGCAACGAGAAAAGCUACAGCGAGAACAUCUUCAGCGAGAACAGCAACAGCAGCAAGCGGCUGCCACGGCUGCCGCCCAAGCCCAUUCCCAAGCCCUAGCCGAGCGCCAGCGUCGGCAGGAAAUCGAACGCCAGCUACUACUCGAGCAGGAGGCCAGGUACGAGCGUGAACAGCGCGUCCGCCUGGAGCGGGAGUGCUACGAGCAGCAGCUGCAGCGCCAGCAGUCGGACCGUCAGCAACAAUUAGACCGCCAGCGACAGCAGCAAGAGCAGCUGGAGCGGCAGCGUCGCCAGGAGAUGGAGGUGCGACUGCAGCACCAAAGGGAGCAACAGCAACAGCUGCAACAAAAACAACAGCAGCCACUGAACCACUUUAUACACGCUCCCCAGUCCGUGUUCCGUCCCAUUGAUCAGGAUGCGCCCACGGGCCCGAGCAUCUACAAGCCCAUAGCCAAGAAGUCAGAGCCACAGCUGGGCGCAGUCUGGCAGCCCACGGGGCAGGGCAAGCCUCCCGUGCAACAGCAGCAUCUGCACGCACGGCUCCCGUAUAGCAACACGCCAUCGCCAGCCUCCACGGCCACCUCGCCCAUCGGCCUGCCGUGGGUGGCCAAGCCGAAGGUGGACAAUAGCGAUUUCCGCCGCAAGGCGCAUCACUUUGAGGAGCGUUCGCUGCGGGACAACCUGGAGCAGCAGCCGCAGUAUUCUGGGUCCUGCUCCAACGGCGGACAUGGAUACCUGCAGAGACAUAAUUCACUGCGCUCCAAGGGUCCGCCAGCGUCGCUCAGCGAGUUCAAGAAGCGGCCCUCGCUGCCCAAUGCCAUGGAGCCCGGCAUCGUGCCGGGUGUGGGAGUGGGAGCGGGAGGAUCUCGCCAACAGUUGUACCAGCCACCGCCUCCGUCGCCCACUAACAUAUCCUUUACGUACUCCAACUUUUCGCCGGUGCGCAAUCGCAAUCCGCACAAUCGACAGACCUACCGCAGCCAACCGUGCCUGACCAGUGCCGUGGAUCAGGCAGAGGCACUGACUAAUCCACUGGCAGCACCUCUGGUGCUGACCAGCUCCAAUCCCACCUACCUGCCAGGGGCAGGGGCACGGGCACCGACGGGCGGAUCGAGUCGCAGAUUUGACUACGUGACGAGUCCUGUGGAUGUGGACAACAGUCCGACCAACAGUCCCACCAGCUUACACACCGUACCCAAUGACCAUGCCCUGACAACAGACAACACAGACGACGAUCUCGACCUGGACUCGGACACGAAUAUGCUGGAGUAUCGGGCCGAGACGAAGGUGAUGCGCAAGCCACGCAGCCAGACAGCCGUGACUGUGGCCGGUCCUAGAACGGCUCACCUCAGCGAUGAUGAUGUCUUCGGUCGCAACUCGCGGGCAGCCAAGUCGCUGCUGUACACCAUGAAGCAGCUGGGUGGGACCAAUGGAGGUGGCCCAGCAGUAGUCCCAGCGCCAGUUUCACUCCCUAGAAGCAGCCAGCAGCAGGGCAGGGGACAGCAACAAUCCCAUACGGCGCCAAGUUCCCCGAAGCCAGGUGUGUGCCUAUCGCCGGAUGGACGUCAGUACCAGGCGCCCAUGGUGGAGCCGCUCUUCCCGCAGCUUAGCAGCUUUGAGUCGCAGCGGAAGCCCCAAUAUGCGCCAGUCACGCCCACCAGUGUGGCUCCUCCCCCGGUGGUCAAUUACCAAGCGAAUCCCACGUACACACUGCCGCAGACACGAAACGAUGUGGGUGGUGGCUACCUGGGGGAAACGCACACAUCCUACGUGGUCACCUAUCCGCUGGACGAGUCCGGGGACGAGCACGAGCCGGAAUCAACCAUGUCCAUGUCGCUGAGCCAGCGGCUCCGUCGCACCUCGGAGCACUCGAAUGCCAGCUCCUCGCUGUCAUUGGGCAGCACCAGCUGGACACCAAAUCCAAUGCACAGCACGGUUCCAGUGCCAGUGCCAGUGCCAUUACCAGCCACAGUCGUAUCCGUGCCCACAUCCGCACCACCGCCAGUGGAUCGUAGCACGAAGCCGCAGCUAUUUCCAGUCCAAAAGCAGACUAACAGCAGACCCCGCUUGAGCACCCGCAGCCAUACCAUCCAGGGUGAGGACGUGGCCGGACACGAUGGCCACCAUCAGCAGCAGCCACAGCCACUUCCGCAGCCCCUAAGGAACCGUGUGAUGUCCCAGCAGUCGCUUAGCUCCUCAAUCUCCAGCAGGACACAACAUCAGGAGAAGGAGCUGCAGCAGCAGAAGGAGCUACAACAUCUGAGCGAACUGCGUCGAAAGAGUCUGGGAAAUGUGUUGGAGCAGCGGGAGACUGCCCAGCGGAUGGCCUACCACGAGCAGCACGAGGAAUACAAGUCCUCGGCACCGGCGGAUACGCCGGACAUAGUCAAGUCAUCGCUGCCGAGGGAGAACGCACCUUUGCUGAAGAAAUUUGGACCGCCGCAGAGGCACCAUUACGUGCCCAAUGCAUACCAGAGUCCGCAGCUGAACAAGAUGAGUGACUCUGGCAGCACAACAACAACGACAACCUCUGUGAUCAGCUCCAGCACAGUGGUGCAUCAGCAUCAGCAGCAACAUCAACAGCAGAAGCCCAGCAUUGUGGAGACGCCGGCAACACCACAGCCAAUGUCCCAGGUGCCGCCCGAGGACGAGAUACCCCACAACAUAGUGUUCAACAAUGUGAGUGCAUUCAGCUCCAUGAACCGUCGCAGCCAAGACGAGGAUUUCCAGCAGCAGCAGCAGGGCUCAGCCGGAUCCCGCAUCAAUCGCCUGAGCAAGUGCGACUCCUGGAACCAGAUCUGCCAGAAGCAACAGCAGGGAGGUCUGGGACUGGGCCAGGCCAAGUACAGCCAGCCAGGCGCCACGUCACCCGGAGAGCUGCGACGUUGCAAGUCCGGCCACUCCCUGGCCGUGCCGAAGCUAUACGAGGCGGGCAUCGAUAAGGCACAGAUCAGCGAAAAGCAGCGCACGGUGGCUGCCUACUUCUCCAGCCAGAAAUCGCCAACGGGCGGACAGGUGGAGGAGUUGCGCACCACAAUGACAACCACCUCGACGAGCAGCUCGUCGGCAGCCGCCAGUCGGAGGUCCGCCAUCAAUCGUACCAAGACCAGCGAGAAGCUGUCGGCGGCGGCCCGCAAGUCGCUCAGCUCCCUGACCAGCACCUCCAAUGGUAACGUGUCCACCGCCGGACUGGGCCUGGGUCGCGGAAAUGCUGGUGGUGUGGCUGCUUAUGGCGUCGGCGUCGGCGGUGGUGGUGGGCUCAGUCGCAGUGCCACCAUGCCGCACAUAGCGAAUCUCAAUCUGCUGGACGAGAGCAAUGUGGAGGAUGCCUUUGAGCAGCUAAUGAUGGGGGCCUAGGCGUUCGGUCACGCACCUACUCAAACGAACCACUCAACCACUCUCCAUUCAAUCAGCCCCAAACAAACAAAAAACCCAACCACCCAUUCGGACAGACAGACAGAAACUUACAAAACACAAACACACACACGGAGCGAUCCCUACCCCCAAGCCCUAAGCCCCAAGCCCCAAGCCACAAACAUGCGCGACAGGCAUUCCGCAAGGAUUAAAAACAAGCACCGAAAAUGAUAUCGACAUCGAAACAGAAUUAUAACUGUUUAACUGAAAAGGCAACUGAUUACUGGAGAGAGCAAGCUCAAGCUCUCUCUCUCUUUGCCCUUCUGAGCUUUGAGCAUAAGAUUAGACUGUAUUUUUCUUGUUUAGUUCAGAAAUAGAACCAGAACUCCCCACUCUCCACACGCAUAUCGUGCUCUCUCUCUCUCUCUCUCUCUGUCUGUCUGUCUCUCUUGCUGUUCCGUUGUUGCCACCAGUCUCUCUCGCUCGGCCUCUCAGUUAGGGGUAGAGUUAAGAUUCUGAUACAGGAGCAAGAG